UGGCGCCGAGUGAUUCCGGCUGACUGGACGGGGCGGGCGUCCCGGGCAGCCUAGCGCGGUACCUCCCGCCCCUCGCGCCCAGCCGGCGAGGGACAUUGGACCCGGGUCGGGGGUUGCGGCCGCUCCAGCGAGAGCCGUGGGUACUGCCACCUGCUCGUCCACUCUCCCUAGCCCCAGAGCGCAGUCCGUGCUGGUGGGAGCGUGGCGACUGCCUGCACAGCAACAGUCCAGGAAGAUGAGUGCCUGCGGGAGGAAGGCCCUGACCCUGCUGAGCAGUGUCUUUGCUGUCUGUGGCUUGGGCCUCCUGGGUAUCGCAGUCAGCACCGACUACUGGCUGUACCUGGAGGAGGGUGUGAUUGUGCCCCAGAACCAGAGCACCGAGAUCAAGAUGUCCCUGCACUCAGGCCUCUGGCGGGUCUGCUUCCUUGCAGGUGAGGAGCGGGGGCGUUGCUUCACCAUAGAAUAUGUGAUGCCCAUGAACACCCAGCUGACAUCCGAGUCCACGGUCAAUGUUCUAAAGAUGAUCCGCUCAGCCACACCAUUCCCUCUGGUCAGCCUCUUCUUCAUGUUCAUUGGGUUUAUCCUGAGCAACAUCGGACACAUCCGUCCCCACCGGACGAUACUGGCCUUUGUCUCUGGCAUCUUCUUUAUCCUCUCGGGCCUCUCUCUCGUGGUGGGCCUGGUGCUCUACAUCUCCAGCAUCAACGACGAGAUGCUCAACAGGACCAAGGACGCAGAGACCUACUUCAACUACAAGUAUGGGUGGUCGUUUGCCUUCGCUGCCAUCUCCUUCCUUUUAACGGAGAGUGCCGGGGUGAUGUCUGUGUACCUGUUCAUGAAGCGGUACACCGCGGAGGACAUGUACAGGCCCCACCCUGGCUUCUACCGCCCUCGGCUGAGCAACUGCUCCGAUUACUCAGGCCAGUUCCUACACCCAGACGCCUGGGUCAGGGGCCGCAGCCCCUCCGACAUCUCCAGUGAGGCCUCCCUGCAGAUGAACAGCAACUACCCCGCCUUGCUCAAGUGCCCCGACUAUGACCAGAUGUCCUCUUCGCCUUGCUGAGCCUCAGCCACCCCCAUCCCUGGACUGUGGGUGGCCAGACAACCCUUCCUGUUCUCUCCAGGUGACCCCUGAGCCCCAGGCCUGUGGUUGACAGUCCCAGGCCACCCACACUUAGCUGUUGUCACUUGACCCCGGUCCUCUCCCUGCUUCUCCAGAAGGGCUGUAACUGCCCCAGCGUGGGUAUGGGAGUCUGGAGUCUGCAGGCAAGCUGAUUGUCUGGGAACAUGGGAGAAGCCCCGCCCAUGU